AAACAAAAAGAGAGGAUGGAUGGAAUGGACCAGAGUGGAUAAGGAAAGUUAUUUCACAUUCUUCCAAUAUAUUGCAGAAUUAAAAUAUAUCCUGUUUAUUGUAUGUAUUUGCAACCAACGAAAAUCGAUUCAUCACGAAACAUUCCUGCAAUAUUAUAGAAAUAUUGUUGUUGCGAAACAAAACGUCAACAUAACCAAACAAAGGCGAUAUAACAUCCCCAAUCAAUAUAACAUCAACGAUAUCAACUUCGAGCCAAGAAGCCUCGCUAUUUUUUGAAAUGCAUACUUCAACUAAUUUUACUCUACGCGGUGGUGAUGCAGCAUUCGCCAAUAGGCAGCAGGCAUUAUUCGAUCAGCUCUUGAUUGCGGAAAACAAAUGCAAUAAACAUGACAAACCGGAGACGGACAAUACCGAGAUGAGCGAACGAAGGAAAAGGCCAGCUCCAAGUGACGACCGGAGGCAGAAGAGAGAAACAAAGAGGUUUAGCGGCAAGGAGAGUAUCUUUAAGCGUCCAGAAGGUCCGGCGCCACGCACGAAUUUCAGAAAUAUUCCGGAUUAUCAUAGAAAUCCACACAAGUGGGUCAAGUAUUCUCUGGAUGAUGUAUCCAGCGAAGACAUGACGGAGCACAGUAACACACAGGCUGCUAUGUCAUUCCUGCGAGAGUUGAAGGCUCGUAGGAAGAAAGAGGAAAUUGACGAAUGUGGGGAGGAGAUGGACAUUGAGAUUUGCGAAUCAAAUUCUACAGAGACGCGAUUUAAAUUUAAGAAAAGAGCAUCGUCGUCGCAGAUCACAUUUAAAAAACCACGAACAAGAGAAAUAAUGGAAAACAUUGCAGAACCGGAUGACAAGCCUAUAUUCAAAAGUAGUAAGAUCAUCUUACCAGAAUAUGUGAUUGGACAGAAACCAAAGAAGACAUGUAAACAGAAUCGACCAGUCAUUAAAGUCGACCGCUCGAAAGAACUUAGACUAGAUCAUUUACAAGAACCAGAUGAAGAGGAAGAUGAUUGAGACUAAUGACAGUCUA